AUGGGUCCUUUCUCUCAGCUCCACUCUCGGCACAAGCAGGUUGUUGUGGGCCUCGUCGUGGUGUUCCUCUUCGUGGGCGCCCUUCUCUACUUCAACCCUGCUGUCCUGACCGAUGGCACCGGCGCCUCGCCCCACUCGCGUGGCCUGAAGGACUCUCCACUCGAGGCUCACCUCCGCUACCCUCUUCAGCAGGCGUACCACAAGUACAAGCCGUCAUCAACGCACUACUCCAUCACCAUCGUUGCUGACAUGGACAAGGCCUCCAAGACUGACGACAAGAAGUGGCGCAGCACGCUGAAGAGCGGCACGCUCACGCGCAACCCCGAGACCAAGAAGUACACCAUCGCCUGGGAUAGCGAGAUGGAUGUUACGUCGGUGUUCAACGACGGAUCUCGAGGAAUGGAGCUGUCGGAGCUGGCCUACUUCAACGAGCAGCUCCUUACCUUUGACGAUCGCACCGGCAUCGUGUACUUUGUCGAGGGCGAGAAGGUGAUCCCCAAGCACAUCCUCAUGGAUGGCAACGGUCACAUCGACAAGGGCCUGAAAAUCGAGUGGGCGACGGUCAAGGACUCGCACCUCUACGUGGGGUCCACCGGUAAGGAGUGGACGACCGGCAAGGGGGAGUUUGUGAACAACAACCCGCAGUGGAUUGCGAAGAUUGACGCCGAGGGUCGCAUCGAGCGUAUCGAUUGGGGCCAGCACUACACCGCUCUCAGGAAAGAGACGAACACGCUGUUCCCCGGCUACCUGCUGCACGAGGGCAUACGCUGGAACGCCGCCCUCAGGCGGUGGUUCUUCCUCCCGCGCCGAGUCUCCACGGAUCCGUACGAUGAGGCGCUGGACGAGUCGCGCGGCUCUGACACGGUGAUCUCCAUGAACGAGCAGUUCGCAGACAUCCGCAUCUCGCACGUGGGAGUCAACGAGCCCACGCACGGAUUCUCGACGUUCCAGUUCGUCCCGUUCCGCGAACACGAGGUCGUGGCCCUCAAGACCGAGGAACACCAGGACAAGAUCUCCACCUACAUCAUGGUGUUCGAUCUCGAAGGCCGAGUAUUGCUGGAGGAGACCCUCGUCGGCAACGUCAAGUUCGAAGGCAUCGAGUUCCUCUAA